AUGACGCCCAAACGAGUGAGAACAGUCGAAGGCUCAUGCUGGGCUUGCAAGGACCGUCGCGUCAUAUGCGACUUGCAACGACCGCAAUGCUCGCGCUGUACAUCUGAAGACCAGGCCUGCGAGUACGGUAAGUUGCGGCUCAGAUGGUGUAAUGGCGUUGCUGCUCGAGGUCGUUUUGCGGGUCAGAACGUGCCGGUAUCGCCAACUGACGUCGACUUUAAUGAGGAGAAGUCGAUGCAACGAGAUGAAUUUCGCAAAUCGUCUGUGAAUGGGCAGGUGUCGCCGUCAGCGUUGACACCGCCAUCGCCAUCGCCGUCGCUGUCAUUAUCAUCGCCACCACUAUUCUCGCCGCGAGAAACAAGUCUAGAUCUUGUGAAAUCUGAUGAUGGAGAUGAGGAGCAAGCAAACCAAUUUCCAGAUUACAAGAAAGCUUGCCAAUUUUUUGAAGCACCAUCACGCGUAACAGCCGAUGACUUGAUGCUCUACUUUGAGCACAUCGUCAUCGAUCGCUUCAAUCUCUCCACCGAACCGGUCCUGGUAGAUCUGGUCGCAGUUAACAACUAUCCAGCCCUCCGGUACUCGGUCACUGCAGUCGCCAAAGCUCACCAACAACUGAGCACCUGUCCCGGACAUCAUGAUGCAUUCCUAUCCAAGAGGUCCGCUCGUCACAAGGCAAUCUACAAUUUCCGCACACAAUUGGAAAAUCCAACGCACCACAAAAAAUCACGUCGCCUCCUCCCGCUGGAUCUGUUUAUUGCCAAUGUGCUUCUCUGUAUACUAGACGGCGUGAUUGAUCCCAACGACGAGAGUGCCGCGUGUCAUGUGCAUUACCGCGGCGGAAGAGCCAUUCUGAGCCAGUGGAAACUUCAUCAACAGCUUCUUCAGCGACAUAAACGAGGUCUUCCGGCGCUGAUGUUGUCGUGUUUUGCGACUAUGGAUUUGACGUAUUCGCUCCUUACUGGCGAGGAGCAGUACUUUCGCGAUACCACGUGGGCUCAUUUCGCGGGCAGCGAUGGCUGGUGGGGUGUGCUUCCGCCGUACGAUCCAUUCCUGGAUAUCAUGCGAAAUUUGUCUCGUCUUGCGCACCUGGGACAUGUCUUGCAUCGCGGUGGUGAAGUUGCACCCUUCAGCGAUGAGUUGGAGGCCCUUACCAUGGCUCUGAAGGGCUAUACAACUCUCACAGAUGGAUUAGAACCAUUAUUCAUGACCCAACAAAACGAAUUCUUUGCCAUCAAAAGCUCCCGAAACACGCAAGCCCCCCUCGCACCUCACCUUUUAGUCCCCAUGAACUCCUGCGCACCCCAACUUGACUCUGACGAAUCUUGGACCGUCUUUUGCAAUGCGUACCGCCUCGCUGGACUCAUAUAUAUAUACCGCGUCUUCCAUCGCCUCGAUGCGUCGCACCCCUUGGUCCAACAAACCACAUCCUAUGGCCUGAGAGCUAUCUGUGAGUCACGUCUCAAGGGCAAACUAGCACAUUGUCUUUUAUUCCCGGCCCUCGUGAUCGGCGCCCAUUGUCGAACGACGCCACAACAAAAGGCGAAUCUGUUGGCGAUGCGAUCAACAGCUGCAUUCUUGAAUUUUGGCUCCUUAAGGGUUAUGGAGACUUUCUUGCAAGGCUUGUGGGCGCGGAAUCCGUCGUCAUACGAGGAGGAAGGGGAGUCUGAGUCGUGGUGGGGGUGUUUUAAGCCUAUAGCUGAGAAGACAUUUCUCUUUUAG